AUGACUCUUGUUUCUGACAAGUGGUGCUGCAGACUCCGGCUCCGGGUCACCUCAUCUCCCUCCCGGCGCCUCCGGGCGUCUGACUCGCAGGCGAUGCUGAUGCGCUCGGUAAACAGAGUCACCUCGCCGACGUGGAUGGCCGAGUCGACUGUAAGCCGAGCAAACGGUGGCGCAGUUAAAGUGAAGAUGAACAGCCUCCGAUGUCCGCCUGGAGCAGCGGUUGCGGCUACUGCUGUUGCCAUGCCUACCGAGUCUCAAUGCCCCUCCGGAUGUGGGCCCGGGUCUGCGUCUGCGUCUGCGUCUGUGUGUGGCCCGGCUUCUGGCUGUGCGGCUGGCGGUGGCGGUGGUGGUGGGGACGACAAAGUAGAGGAAAGUGGACAAAAUCAGGUCCCUGAUUUGAAGCCGGCUGGGAAGUCGGCAGAAGAGAUGGCGAAGGCGAAGAUGAGAGGCAGAGCUGGAGAAGAGGAGGGUGUAGAUUCUGCCGAUCCUGGGCCAGAGAAUCACGAGGACGGCCGAAGGAGGGUGGCCAAGAAAGAGGUGAAAGUAAUUGCCGAGCCGGACGAAUCAUGUGAAAGCGGCACGGGGGCCGGAGGUGGUGAAGAAGCUAGUGUGAAUGGGAAACAUGUGUCGUCGUCACAAGACGUGAAGGAGAAUGGCCAUAAGGCAAAUGAACAAAUGGAAUUGGGAGAGGACGAGGAAGAGGAAAAGGAGGAGGAGGAGGAGGGGGAGGUGGGGGAGAAUGAGGAGGAUGAAGAGGAGGAGGAUGAGGAAGAUGAAGAUGAUGAAUCGGGGCCAAAGACAAGACUGCCACGACAACCGAUCAGACUACAAAGCGCGUCAGUUGCCAGGGCAACUGGACAGGCCGUGAAGAGUCUGGAUUCAUUGGACAGCCGUCUCGACAAUUCGUGGCCAACAACCGGCGCGGCUGUGUCACAAGCCGCCUGUACUCGCCUGGACUGUCGUGGGUCUGGACGGCGCGGAGACGGCGGUAACCGAGUCGGACUGACCGAGUUGCCAGAGGGGGUGAAGGACGGUGAGGUGGUGGAGAGGCCGAGUUUGAAGACGGUCAGAGAGCCACGACAAGAGGAGUUGCGUCGUCGGUUGAUCGGUUCCAUGUGCCGACUCAUUCCUCACGAGAAGCGGCUCAGCAUCAGAAUGCUGGUCAAUUUCUCCAUUGACGACGGUGACUCGGAGAGUCUCAUCAUCGACGAGUUGAUCACCAACCGCAAACGCAGUCACAAACCAGACCCAGGCGAAUCGGCCGAAGAGGGCGAGAAUGAGAUGGACUGCCUGACGAGCGAGAAACGGGCUCGACCACCGACACGUCCUCCGGCCAGACUCUUGCAGCCCAGUCAGACUACAUCGUUUCCGGUUGCCGAGGCGACUGGCGGUCGGGCGGAGAAGAGGAGACGGCGUAAACGCGGCAAGACGCAUGGCAACAAUACGCCGGCGCUCAACGCCCUCGACUUGACGGUCCGACAAUUGCCAGUCUGCCUGACCAGGGCCUCUGGUCGUCGAGGCAGUGAGGGGGGCAAAGUGAAAUGUCGCGUGUCGGACAGCAACGCCAACGUCAACGUGAAUGCCGACGCCGAGGGGGACGGCGAAGAGGAGGUGGAGGAG